UUUCUGUGUGCAAAUUAAAUCUUUUGUUAUUUGAAAUCACACAACAUACACAGCCAUGAGUUCCAGUUCAUCCAUUAAAGACAUUCUUGGUGAGCUCCAGAAGGAUUCCUACAUUUCUUUACUGUCGAAGCUCAUCGGCGAGGCGGAGUUCGUCCAGAACAACCCGCCCGACCUGAUUCCUCAAGAGGAUAAGGUCGGCCGUCACGUCCUUGAUGUUCUUUAUCCCUUCAGCACUGACAAUGGUGGACCCUUGAUCAUCAAGAAUGUCGAAUAUGCUCCUGGGCGUGGAAAUUUGAUUAUUGAGUAUCCGGGAACUGUUCCUGGAAAAGUCGUCUCCUUCGUCGGAAGUCACAUGGAUGUUGUCCCUGCCGAUCGCGAAACUUGGGAAUUUGAUCCAUUCUCAUUGAGUAUUGAUGGGGAUAAACUACGAGGACGUGGGACUACUGAUUGUUUGGGACAUGUUGCUCUUUUAACUGAACUCUUGAAGAAGAUUGCAGAAACUAAACUAAAAUUGAAGUCAUCUGUUGUUGUUAUAUUCAUUGUCUCUGAAGAGAACAAUUCAAUUCAAGGAAUUGGAGUAGAACAACUUCAUAAAGAUGGAUACUUUGAUAAUUUAAAAGGAGGUCCUUUAUAUUGGAUAGAUACAUCAGAUUCACAACCUUGUAUUGGUACUGGAGGUUCCUUAACUUGGUCAAUGAAAACAACUGGAAAACUUUUCCACAGUGGCAUGCCAGACAAGGCUAUUAAUGCUUUGGAGCUAGCAAUGGACGCUCUCAAACCAAUCCAAUUAAGGUUUUAUGAAGAUUUUCCAGCUGCUCCUAAGGAAGCAGAAUAUGGAUUUGCAAUACCAUCAACCAUGAAACCAACCCAAUGGAAUUAUCCUGGAGGUGGUAUUAAUCAAAUUCCGGGAGAAUCUACCAUUGCUGGAGAUGUAAGGUUAACUCCCUUCUACGAUAUGGAUUAUCUUAAGACAAAAAUCCAAGAGUAUGUUGAUUAUAUUAAUGCACAUGUGGAGGAUCUUGAAUCAAGGGGUCCAGUUUCAAAGUAUACCCUACCAGCUGAAGGCCUAAGGGGAAGAAUCGAUAUGACUUUUGGUGUGCCGUUACCGGGAAUUGCAUGUGAUCUUGAUUCUAUCGGCUAUAAAGUUUUAUAUAAUGCAACAGAGGAAGUUAUAGGGCAUGUCAAACCUUUCUCACUUACUGGGACUUUGCCACUUGUUGCUGAUCUUCAGAAGGAUGGCUAUGAUGUUCAGAACGUUGGCUAUGGUUUGUCUGAUACCUACCAUGCAGACAAUGAGUAUUGUAAUUUUAGUGAUAUGGCCAAUGGCUACAAGGUUUUUGCCAGCAUUAUCUCUCAAUUAGAAGAAGUUUGAUAAAUUCACCAAAGUUGUGUUCUAAUGGUUAAUGGUUUGAGAGUGAACUCACAAACUGUGAUUAUGUAUUCACUCAAACUGCAGAGUAAUACUAAUAAAUAAAACCAUCUGCAGAUAAUAUGUGGUUUGUGCUUUUGAAUGCUUUUCUUGAUGUACUUGUAAUAUGUAUUCAAUGAAGGCAUGCAAUAGUAGAG